AUGUCGGAUAAAAAGAAAAGGGGUUUCAAAAAUGAACCAACUGACACUUCAAGUAGUUCAAACUUAGUUUAUGAUAAACAAUUUUGUGAAGUUUUCAAGAAAAAUGUAUUAAACUUGGUUAAUGACUUAAAAACAUUAAAAGAAACAAUGAAAACUGCAGAGACACUUAUUCAUUCGAUUAAUGAUCAAAUUAGUUCAAUUUAUAGCAAUGAUGGAAAUUCUAUUAUUCAAGAUGAAGUUCAACAAUUCUUAAGUUCAACUGAAGGAAUAUCAUUUAAAACUAUUCCAUUAAUUCAAAACGAGUUGUUUUGUUGUGAAUCUUUUUAUAAAGAAUUAUCAAAAAAAUUGCCUCGAAUGUCUAAUGAACAAAUACAAUGUAUUGCUAACCAACGAUAUGAUAUGUUGGAUCCUAUUAUUCUAUUAUAUAUGAAACUUGUUGUUAAUUUAACAGGAGAAAAAGCUGUUUCUUUCAAAGGUUUAAUGUAUAAUGCUGUUCAAGAUGGUUUAAGUAUUCCAAAAACAUUAAAAUUAUUAACUACAUUUAAAUCUAUUGUAGAAAGUAGAAUUGGUUCAUUAUAUUUAGAAAAGUAUUUAAAAAAUACUGGAGAAGAAAGGAAUGUUCAAUUUUUCCGUUCUGCUUUUAUUUAUGCUAAAAUUAAAACAGCAAAUGUAAGGGAAUGGGUUUGUAGAAAAAUAUAUGAAGAAUUUAUUAGCGUUGGUUCAGAAAAAGAAAUUUCAAUUACACAACCUAUUAGAAAUAGAAUUCUCGUUCAAUACGCACAAGGAUGUGACCAAAAUAUUUUUGAAGAAGCUAAAAACUAUGUUUUUCAAGAAAUGAACUCUAAAAAUCUCUUUGAAAGAUUCCAAACUUCUCCUUGUUUUAAAGAACUCAUUUGUAGAGUAACACCAGUUUUAGUUGAUGGAAUUUCAGCAACUGAUCCAAUAGAAGUUCCAUGUGAAGAAGAAACAUUUGUUAGAGUUGCUAAAUAUUUAAUUCCUUACAACCUUGUCAGUUAUACAGAAGUAUUUGUUCGUCUUGGAUAUACAACUCCUCAAAUUAUGUCUUUACUUACUGAAAAAGAAGUAGAUAAAUUAACUACUAAUGAUGUGGACAGAGGAAGACUUAUGGAAUUUUGUGAAAUAUGUAAAGAAAAUAAAUUAGAACAAUCAAAAACUUUAACAAAAGAAGCAAUAACUAAAGUUCCUACUAUCCAAGAGAAUUUUAUAAAGUAUGCAGAACGUACAAAUGGAAAUAUUAAAAACACUCUUGCAUUUUUAAAUUAUAUUAAAAACACUGAACCUCAACAAAUGACUGUCUCUCAAAUAUUAACUCGUGCUGAAAUGGCAUUUGUAGAAUUAAAAUCAAAACAUCACGUUGCUUAUAGAUUAUUAAAAAAAUGUGAUGAUGUACAAGAAAUGCAACCAUUAUUACCUCAAUGCAAAAAUGCCCUUAUUAGUCUUUUACUUGAUGAACAAUUAGAAGAAUAUAAUAUAUCUAAUUUCUGGAAACCUCAAACAAGAACUAAUACAAAAGUUCAAAAACAAUCUUCUAAAAUAAAAUUAAGUAAAACUCCUGAGUUAAUAAAUGAACCAGAAGAACAAAUUAAAAGAUCAAUUACACCUCUUGGUAGUGGAUCAUUACAUGAUAUUAUGGUUGACGAUAUUGUUGGAGAGGAUGAAGAUAUUAAGAGUACAAACUUCCUUGUUGCGUCAUGUAGAAGAGCAACAGAAAAAGAUUUAAGGCUUUCAUUACAAUAUAAUCCUGAAGAUAAUAUUCUUGGCCCUCAAAAAACAGAAACAAAAAUCAAUCAAACUAUCACAAAGAUUAAAGGAAUUAUUUUACCCAAAUUAUCUAAAAUGAAAACUCAAUUGUUAAAUACUUCUUGUCAAAAAGAAUUGGAUCUUUAUAACAGAAUAUUAGCUAAUUUCGUCGAAUUUGUACACAUGCUUGGAGAAGAAGUUAAUCCAUUAGAAAAUAAAAACUUUAAUAUUAAAAUAGCUGAUGGAAAUUUAAGGACUAAUGUCAUAGUUUCAUUAAAUCAACUUGAUGCUAUUCAAGUUUCUUGUGAUACUAUUUUACAUCAAUUAAACUCAUUACUUGUUCAAAUAAGAACAACUAAUACUACAGUUGUUAAAUAUCAAAAUGUUGUACAGCGUAUUUCUGAUGCUCUCUAA